GACUUCUUUCUUCUUCCUCUUCUUCUUCGUUUUCAGGCGGGUGGAGGAGCUCAGAGCCUUCCAGAGGUAACCAACCUUUUAUUACCGACAAGAUUCUGCCACACAAUUAUUACAUAUUUUUGUUCCCAUGAAGCAAUUGUUCCUUUCAAGCAUGUUUACGAGCAAAAGAGUGAAAGGGUAGCUUGAUUUUUGUCUACUCUAGCUUCAUUUUCUGGCGAUCUUUACUUGAGAUUUAAACAUUUUGCUCUCGGAUUGAUAAUAAAGAAGAAUUUGGAAUAUCAGUAGGUUUGGUUAGGACUCUCGGAUUCUGUUGUCGGUUAGAUAUUUGUUUUGUUUAAUCCCUAGAUUUAGCAGAGAAAUCCCUCAAAUCUCACACAAUCCAUGUAAGGAAGAAGAUGACCUCCAGUAUCAAAUCAAGUCUGCUAAAUCUAGGGCUCCUUAUUAUAUUUUUCGUCUUCUUCUUCCUGGUGAUUAACUGUCGAGGGGAAUCUUCUACGUGUUUGGCGGUUUACAAACAAGGCGGAGCUCCAGCUGUGUUUCAAUCACCCAAAUGCCCUCGUUGGAUUCUCCAGAAUUGGGGUUCUCCUACUCAUAGUGGAGCUGGUCGUUGCCAUACCGCAGCUAUUCAAGGUCGGAGGAACUACCAAGAGGAUCGUCUUCUCUGUGCUCUUGAUCUUCGCAUUCCAUUUCCCGGCAAGACUGGAACACCAAAGGAUGUUUUGGUUGGAAUUGCAGCAGUCUUUGACGGACAUAAUGGUGCAGAAGCCAGUGACAUGGCUUCAAAACUUUUAUUGGAUUACUUUGCUUUGCAUAUCAACUUUCUCUUGGACGCUACAUUUUCUGCUAUGACGAGGAAGUUGAUUGGACGAUUCCCAACUAAAGGAGACCACAGUGUCAUUUUGCACGGCGUAAGUCGGGAUGAAAUCAUGCAUCUAUACAACCUGGAUUUUCAAAUGCAGUUUCGAGACUCAUUGCCACUUCAUUUUGAUGAUUCUCUCCCCUUGGAUAUUAUGAAGGAAGCAUUGCUGAGAGCGAUCCAUGACAUUGAUGUCACAUUUACUAAGGAAGCAUCAAACAGAAAGCUGAAUUCAGGUUCAACGGCUACAAUUGCACUUAUUGCAGAUGGUCAACUAAUGGUUGCUAGUAUCGGUGACUCAAAAGCACUUCUCUGUUCUGAAAAAUUUGAGACUCUGGAAGAAGCUAGAGCUACUUUGGUGAAGUUGUACAGAGAGCGAAGACGCAAUCGGGGCUCUUCACCAUCAAGGUUCUCUGACUUUAAACUGGAACAUGGCAAUGGACUACUGCGUUUCAUUGCCAAAGAAUUGACAAAGGACCAUCACCCAAAUAGAGAGGAUGAAAAGAUUCGUGUUGAAGCUGCAGGAGGUUAUGUCACUGAGUGGGCCGGUGUGCCACGAGUGAAUGGCCAGCUGACUGUCUCCCGUGCAAUUGGUGACCUUACUUAUAGAAGUUAUGGUGUCAUCUCUGCACCUGAGGUGAUGGACUGGCAGCCUCUAGUGGCUAAUGACAGCUUCCUGGUAGUGUCAUCUGAUGGCAUCUUUGAGAAGUUGGAGGUGCAAGAAGUAUGUGAUCUUUUGUGGGAAGUAAACAAUCAAACUAGCUCUGGAGCAGGAGUGCCUUCAUACUGCUCAAUUUCUUUGGCAGACUGCUUGGUUAAUACUGCCUUUGAGAAGGGAAGCAUGGACAAUAUGGCUGCUGUUGUUGUCCCUCUAAAAUCGAAUCUAGUUACUCAGCUCCAACGGAAGGAGCAGAGUAUGAAUGACAACAAAGACAAGAUUGCUUCAGCACUACCCUGUAGCAACUGUACGCUUCCACUGCCUAAUGAUAUAAAUUUGGGUCCAUUGCAAUUGAAACAGGCUCAGCCACUUGGAACCAUGUUUAACAGGUUAUUGGUAGAGGUUAAAAACGGAAGUUUUUGCCGCUUUUAUAUGUCAGAGAACCUUAUUGGGGCAUCUCAAGGGCAAAUGAACAAUUUGAACGGUUACAUGGGUGACUUACCUCAGGUUCUACCUGCAUCUGCCGAGCAAUUCCCUGGCUGGUGUUUACCUUCUGGAACGGCUACCAACGAGAAUCAAGAUCAGUGCAUCAAUCCUGAUAGUUUUGCUACUUUCCUUGGAUUACUUGAAUCUGUACCCUUACAUGGGUUUGGUGCUAAGAACGGGACGGAUGAGAUUCCAUUUCCUGACUCAAGCUAUGUGCUGAAGAAAAAAUUUGGGCGUGGUGCAUUUGGUGAAGUAUGGUUGGCAUUUCACUGGGAUUGCUAUCAAGGAAAUAACGCUACUAGUUCGAUCAAUGAAGAUGAGAAUACAUCAAAAAAUGGUGUUCAUAAUGAUACUGAUGGUCCUAAUAACUCCUUCAUUUUGAAGCGGAUAAUGGUCGAGAGAGGACCAACCGUCUAUUUAAGUGGUCUAAGGGAGAAGCAUUUUGGUGAACUGUUUCUAAAUGCAUAUAAUGUAAGUGAGAGUUCUUCUGCAACGCAAGCGUCAAGUUCUCAAGCAGCGUCAUCAGAAUUGGGUCUCUCUGAAGAGGGUUUGAAACAUAUAGCUAGAUACAUAGAGUAUUUUGAAUCUCGAUAUAAUGACAUAUGGCUUGUGUUUCACCACGAGGGUGUAUCUUUAUCAAAGCUGAUGUACACUGUGGAAGAAGCAGAGAUUAGCUCUGAAAAGGCUGAAGAGGCAAGUCACGGGCAGAUACUUCGUCCGUCAAAGUGGUGGACCUGGCUGAAGACGACAGAAUCAGGAAAAGAAGAAAUGCGGAGAAUAAUAUGGCAAUUGUUGCUAGGUUUAAAGGCAUGCCAUGAUCGCAAUAUUACUCACAGAGAUAUAAAACCCGAGAAUAUGGUGAUAUGCCUUGAAGACAUCAAGUCAGGCAGAUGCUUAAAGGGUGUACCAAAUGGGGAUCAAAACUUCAAAACUAAUAUGCGCAUCAUCGACUUUGGCAGUGCACUUGAUGAGUAUACAAUAAAACACUUAUAUGGGUCAACAGGACCGUCAAGAGCAGAACAAACUCAUGAUUAUGCACCACCCGAAGCCAUUCUGAACAGCAGCUGGCACCAUGGGCCAACCAGUUUGACAUUGAAAUACGACAUGUGGAGUGUUGGGGUUGUGAUGUUAGAGAUGAUUUUAGGAUCACCCAAUGUUUUUGAGAUUAGUUCUGUUACACGUGCCCUUUUGGAUCAACAUAUCAGAGGUUGGAGUGAAAACUUUAAAGAGCUUGCAUACAAGCUUCGAUCCUUAAUGGAGAUGUGCAUCCUAAUCCCAGGUAGCUCUUUAAAACAUGGUGGCGCCAGCUCAAAGCAGGGUGGAAUUUCACUUGCGUCAUGGAAAUGCUCUGAAGAAUUUUUUGCAGAACAGAUAAAGAGCAGAGACCCACUGAAGAUUGGGUGGGUCUGAUGAUUCCUUUACUUGAUGGUGUUUUUAAAAUGUUGACAAGAAUUUGUUACAAAGCCAAUGUGCAUAUGGUGGAAAAUGCAGGUUUCCAAAUGUUUGGGCAUUAAGGUUGGUGAGGGGUCUAUUACAAUGGUACCCUGAGGACAGAGUAACCGUAGAUGAGGCUCUGCAGCACCCUUAUUUCCAGCCCCCUCCCAGCUCCUAAGAGUAGAGAAGAAGAUGGAUUAUGUAGGAACAAGGUUAAAACGAGCAAGGGAAGAUUCUGAACUUGCAGAGACAUCAAAGGGAAGCAGGUAGCCAUCCAAUCCAAGGUUGUGGACGAUUUUAUAAAUAGCCUCUUGUCUUUUCCUUGUAAAUAAAGUUACCUCAAGAUGUCUUCUUUUUUUUUUUCUUAUUAGUCACAUUUUGUAACUAAUUUGUUGUCCAUAAUUGUUGUAAAUUAAGUCCUAAAAUUCGGUUGGUAAAUAAAUAAGCGUGGUAGAAAAUACGAGUUGUUUUUUCUUCUUAACGGAAGAUGAUAUCGGUUGUGAAAGAUGUUGAAAUUUUGGUAUC